CCCAACCCCACAAUAUUUUUUCAUUUGGGUCUCUCUCUAAAUCUUUCUACUUUGAUAAGUAACCAUGGAAAAAUCUAGAACUCCAAGCAAGUUGAUGAUCUCCUCAUCGAUCACCAUUUUUUCCAUCUCAAUUCUCUUCUCCAACGUUGCAUUGGCCGGAAACACUAACCACCAGUUCUGUAGAGAAUUGAGUAUAUCAAAGUUUGAAGAGAAGUUAACCCACCUUCGCUUCUAUUAUCACAAUUUAAUCAAAAUUACAAAUGCUCAGAUUGUGUCUGGAAACUCAAGCACAGGGUUCGGUAGAAUUGAUGUGGUGGACGCAGAGCUUAGAGAAGGUCCUGAGACUAACUCAAAGCUGGUGGGAAGGGUGGAAGGUCUGGAAUUGAAUGCGUCGCAAGGUGAACUUGGGCUGUUAAUGGUUAUUAGUUUCGCCUUUACGGAAGGGAAAUACAAUGGAAGCACACUUAGCAUGCUAGGGAGGAACCUGAUAUUAAGGGAGGUGAGAGAGAUGCCACUGGUAGGAGGCACAGGGCUUUUCCGAUUUGCUCGGGGUUAUGCUCAGGCAAGAACUGUCCUUUUUAACUCCUCAAUCACCAUUGUUCAGUUUGAUUUCUCUGUCAUCCAUUACUGAUAAUGCUGUUACAUCUUCUUCUUCUCAUAUACCUCUUUCACAUAGGUGCAGCUAAAUAAAGUGUUAAUUUAAUGGGCUUUGCAUCCCUUAUAUUUGUUUGUCUUGUUUUGUAUGGGCGAGGGUUCUUUAAGCAAGCGGAUAGGAGAACAUACCAGUAAGUUACACCUCCUAUACCUUGUGUGGAUCAGGAUUAUACGAGAAUGAUUCUUGUACAAGAACCCGAUGCACUCUCCUACUGGCUAUGAAUUUUGGAUCCAACAGAAAUAUAAAAAGAGGAAAUUACACUACACUCCCCUCCCCUAUGUGUUUCAUCUGUUACACUCAAUCCCCUUGCUAAGUUUGUAAUUACAAACGUACCGUGUGAUGUUAAUACUAUUAGAAUCAGAUGUUAAAUGUCUUUUUUACCCCCUUCCCCUUUGUCUAAAUAUUACUCUCUCCCGCGUAUUUUCCGACUCCCUUUUCUUCUAACUUGCUGUAAUAGGAGGCGGCACCUAUCAGAUCGGCAGCGGCUCCGACCACCUUUCCUUUGUCAAUCUUGUUCGUCUCAUGGUGAAGUCCAGCUUUUGCAGCAUUUGCGAUCACCUUGGCACUAGAUAUCAGCUCGGAUUUGGAAGGUUGGUGCUUGUGGCCGUGGGCUAUGUGUUGCUCAUGAGGACGUGAUUCCAUGGAGAUUUUCUAAGAGGAAAUUCGUAUACCUAUUGAUUGAUUGCUUAGAGACCCAGAUCGAGAUCAAACUAAUUUUAGUUGGAUCCACGAGUGUAGUUCAAAUGCAAAUAUCAAGCAAACUAAUUUCUUUAUAACAACAAUCAAACUAGGAAACAAGCGCACCAGCCAACUGCGUUAUCUAUUCAAGCAUCACAACUAAAGAAACUCAAGUAAUCCAACACACAUCUAUGAAUUCAAACCAUUUGUUCAAAAAAAAAAAAAAAAACACAAAUUCAAGAACAAAUAACAUAUUACUGCAAUUAUAAAUAUUUCAAACCACUAACCUUAAGUAAUCAACAUCCAUCUACUUUCUAGUUUGUCGAAUCUAGGAGAAGAAAACAAAACCCUAUAAAAGCCAAAUAGAAAGGGAAAAAUGAAACUAAAGAUUCAGGAUUUAGGGAAUUUCGAAAGCUCAAGUUAGGAGGCAGUGAAGUUGGAGAAAGAAAAGAAAUGGA